AAGUUUACGGUAAUUUGCCUGCCCGCCCCUGUGACAGGAAGCAUGUAAGGAGGUCUAACGUUUGUUGUUGUUGUUGUUGUCGUCUUUUUUCUUCAAAAACGUCGAAAUAUCAGAAACAAAAUGGACUCGAAGGAACCCUCUCUUUAUGCACAGGCAGGCCCCUCGGUGGACAUGACGCGGAGCCUAGAGGAAGAUUCUUUGGUGGAUGCACCUCUGAUCUCCGCUGACGCCCUCCACUCGGCCAUCAGGAGAGAGUUUCAGACUGUACCAACACACUGCCUCGCCGCCCUGCUGUCCCUGCUGCAUGUCGUGUACGUGGUGCUGUCAGUGUGUGUGGCAGUGCUGUGUGUGUUGAAGUUUGGCCAGGUUGAGGUGUGUGCGAGUGUUUUGGGUAACGUGCUGGGCAACAGUGUCAUUGUGUACGGGAAGGUGUGCCUGUGGGUUCUGGUGCUGGUGUUCACUCGGUGUGUGCAGCACCAUCACAGCAGAGCCAGGAGGAGAGGGUACCUGUGCUUCUACAGACAGACACAAGGACUGAAGGAGCUGCCACUCGCCGUUCACUCUGCAGGAAAUGUGUCGGUGUUGGUCGUUCUGGCUGCCAGAUUAUCAUCACCUGUGCAAACCUACCUUCUGCUCAGCAUCCUGGGGUUGGAGCUCCUGGUGGCAGUGCCAUGCCUUUUCUAUUACACAGUCAAGGUGGUGCGGUUCAACCGGGAGCGAGCUGCUCCAGACGUGAGCCAAGAGGAGCACUCACACACCUACAGUAUUACGAGUCUGCCGACUGAGACCGGCUUCAGAGAGGGCUCCUGUCUGGAAGAGGUGGUGGAGAAGCAAGCCGACCUGAUAGAGUACCUGAAACAGCACAACACGUUACUGAGCAAGAGGCUGCUCAACCUCACCGCUCAGCACUGACCCUCGGCCCGGCGUCCUCCACCCGGGCUGACACCCCCUCGCCGGAGAAGGCAUCGCUGUAGAGAAAGAGCCUUAUCGUGUUGGGUUUAAAAGACUUGAGUCGUGAGAAACUACUGGAUGAAAGACUAAAGUAAGCAAAUGCACCUGUACGCACAGACUGAGAUGGGAGUUGGGACAGAUAACGCACGAGGAGGUGAGCUGAGAGUGGAGGAGAGUUUAAGAGGAGGAGGAGGAGGAGCGGAGUCAUGGGUCACAGAUCAGAGGUGAGGGGUUUUUAUUGCUCUUUUAAGACCCCCAGUGACCCGUGUAUGCUACCGCUUGUGUUACUGUGAGAGACACAAGAGGGAUGAACAUUGUUUUAGAGAUCAUCUGCACUAAAGAGGAACUAAAGGAGCAGGAGAUACAGGGUCAAACGUGGUAUUAAAUGUGUGUAAGUGGUAUUGUUUUUUUUAUCUGUCUGAAUAUGUGUAAAUGCAUUAUGUGGUGACAGUUUCUUUUUUCCAUUUGUUAAAUCCGUUUGUGAGUUUGUGAUUGUAUUCCAAUAAAUCUUAAAUAUUCA